AUGGCAUUUUUAAAAUUGGAAGAUUACGUCAUAUUCAUUAUAACUUUGACUUUCUCCCUGGGAAUCGGUUUGUUCUACUCCUUACGUGGAGGAAACCAGAGAACAACCAGACAAUUUAUUCUGGGUGAUGGAAAUAUGUGGUAUUUUCCGUUGGCCUUAUCGUUAAUGGUUUCCUAUGAAUCUGGCAUCAUGAUGUUGGGAGUUCCGGCGGAAGUGUACAUGUACGGAAUGCAGUGGUACAUGUCAUCUAUAGGAAACCUCUUUGGCCGUAUCGUCGCUUUGUAUUUACUAAUACCAUCACAAAGGAAACUCGACGUUACCAGUGUUUAUGAGUAUUUUGAGCUCCGUUAUCAGUCUCAUGGACUCAGACUUUUUGCAACAGUACUGAGUUUGCUCUCAUUGGUCAACUACCUCGGAAGUGUAGUAUUUGUACCAGCUGUGACGUUGGAAAUCGUUGCUGAUAUUCCAAUGGAGAUUUCUAUUAUCACGCUGAUGGCUGUUGUGCUAAUAUAUACCAUUAUUGGAGGAUUCACAGCUGUGAUAUGGACAGAUGUAUUCCAAGCGAUUCUCAUGUGUGGUGGAAUGUUCGCAAUUCUAAUUAAGGGUACUAUCGAGGCAGGCGGACUUACUAAAACUUGGACUACAGUAAUGGAGAAAGGGCGAUUUAACAUGUUUGAUUUUGAUCCCGAUCCCACUUUACGUCAGUCGUUCUGGAGCCUUUUUAUUGGUGAUUUCAUCAGAGGGUUAAGAAUGCCAUUCACACAAACUACAUUUCAGCGGAUUAAAGCUACUCGUUCAGUAUCGGCAGCCAAAAGAAUGUUUUUCGUUUCGUCCUUAUUGUCCGUUGGUAUUGCCAUGCUAGCUGUACUGUCAGGAGCUGUCAUGUUCUCUUACUAUCAUGCAACUGGAUGUGACCCACUUGUUGCGAAACAAGUCGGAAAUCAGAAUCAGUUAAUGGCAAAAAUGGUGCGAGAUGUCUUCCAGGACACGCCUUGCCUUCCGGGGCUUUUCUUAGCGGCAUUAUUCAGUGCAUCACUCAGUACAAUGUCGUCGAUGUUAAGUGCAAUAUCGGCUUUAUUCUGGGAAGAUAUCAUCAAACCACACACCAAACCGAUGUCUGAUAAGAAAUCAAUACGAAUCACCCAAACAUCAGCAUUUCUUUUCGGGGGUUUUGCCAUAGUUAUUGCUUACGCUAUUACUGGAAUCAAGGGACCAAUAUCAAGGAUACUCGAUGUCACUGGUGCAUGCAUGGGUGGUGCAGUUUCAGGCAUGAUGUUCCUAGGAUGGUUUGUACCAACCGCAAAUGCGUUGGGGGCGUCAGUCGGUGGUUUUGUAUCAUUCGUAAUUGUAGGAUGGAUAUCAUUUGGAAAACUACUAUCCCCAGGAGUACGUGUUCAUGCAAUAUUAGAACCGGCUUCAACCAAAAGUUGUCCGAUAUUCAAUAUUUCCAAAUUUACAAAUACAACCGUAUCUGAUCAUACAUCGUGGACUGAUUGGAAUAGUACUAUAGGUGGGACAACACCUGUUUCAGUAGUUUCUGGACCGCAAGGCCUGGAUGUACUAUAUUCUCUCUCCUAUAAAUGGUUGUUUCCGAUUGGAAUACUUUUGGUACUAAUUGUUGGAACCAUCGUAAGCCGUCUACAAGCUCGAAAGCCAAUCGAUCCGGGAUUAGUGGUACCAGUGUGUGACCAUUUAUGUUUCUGCAUUCCGGAAAGAUUUCGAAGAAAACUACGGGGCGGAGUAAAGUAUCCUAAAACAGACGAGAAAAUUGACGAAGACAAAGCUGAAGCAAUGGAUGUAUUGGUAUUAGACUGA